AUGCUAGUUCUUCCACCCAUGUGUUUAACUGUAGAAAUGGUUAAUGCAUGGUUUGCUGAGAGAGUUCAUACCAUCCCAGUCUGCAAGGAGGGAAGCAAGUCCCAGAGUGAAUCCUGCGCUUGUCACCAGCCUGCCUGUGCUGAGACCACCAACUCUGGGACACCAGUGAGGAAAAUCUCUGCUUCUGAAUUUGACAGACCCUUAAGGCCUAUUUUUGUCAAGGACUCAGUGGGAGCAGUGAGCUUCCUCUCCGGCUCUGAAAAGAAGGAACAGAUGCCUCUGCAAUCUCCAAGGAUUGAGACCAGUGCAGGGGAUCAAUGCUCAAGACUAUUAGAACUUGUGAAAGAUAUUUCUAGUCACUUAGAUGUCACAGCACUUUGCCAUAAAAUUUUCCUACAUAUCCAUGAGCUUAUAGCAGCUGAUCGCUAUUCCCUGUUCUUGGUCUGUGAGGAUAGCUCUAAUGAGAAGUUUCUUGUAAGCAGGCUUUUUGAUGUGGCAGAAGGCUCUACCCUGGAAGAAGCUUCCAACAACUGCAUUCGCCUGGAAUGGAACAAGGGCAUUGUGGGUCAUGUAGCAGCUAUAGGCCAGCCUCUGAACAUCAAGAAUGCGUAUGAGGAUCCAAGAUUCAAUGCAGAAGUUGACCAGAUCACAGGGUAUAAGACUCAGAGUAUUCUCUGUAUGCCAAUAAAGAAUCAUAGGGAAGAGGUUGUUGGUGUGGCUCAAGCAAUCAAUAAGAAAUCUGGAAUUGGUGGCACUUUCACUGAACAAGAUGAAAAGGAUUUUGCCGCCUAUUUGGCAUUUUGUGGAAUUGUUCUUCACAACGCUCAAUUGUAUGAGACAUCUUUGCUUGAGAACAGACGUAAUCAGGUGCUUCUUGAUCUUGCCAGCCUGAUUUUUGAAGAGCAGCAGUCUUUGGAAGUAAUUCUGAAGAAGAUAGCUGCCACUAUAAUAUCCUUCAUGCAAGUGCAGAGGUGUACCAUCUUCAUAGUGGAUGAAGAUUGUACUGAUUCGUUUUCUAGUGUGUUUCACAUGGAAUCUGAGGAAUUAGAAGAUUCAGCUGAAAAUCUGAAGAGGGACUAUGAUACAAACAAAAUCAAUUAUAUGUAUGCUCAGUAUGUCAAGAAUACGAUGGCGCCUCUCAACAUCCCAGAUGUCUGCAAAGACAGAAGAUUUCCCUGGACAAAUGACAAUGCAGAAAAUGUAAGUCAACACAUAAAGAGUUUGCUGUGUACACCAAUAAAAAAUGGGAAAAAGAAUAAAGUGAUAGGGGUUUGCCAACUUGUGAAUAAGAUGGAAGAAAACUCAGGCAAAAUCAAGGCUUUCAACAGAAAUGAUGAACAGUUCCUGGAAGCAUUUGUCAUCUUUUGUGGCUUGGGUAUCCAGAAUACACAGAUGUACGAAGCUGUAGAAAGAGCCAUGGCCAAACAGAUGGUGACAUUAGAGGUUCUCUCAUACCAUGCUUCUGCUGCUGAGGAGGAAACGAGGGAGCUGCAGGUAACAGCG